UCUAGAUGAAACUUCUUAGAAAUGAUAUUGUGUAGCAUAGAACUCCGGACCAGCCAGUCGCAACAUCCAUAUUCAGACCGUUCUCAAGAAACAUCGCACGUUUUCGGCUGCGCUAAGUGGUGUCCUCACACCCGCGGGCUAUCCAGGGAGCGUCGGCUUGUCGUAUGUGUGAUCAAGCUCGGCACUAACUCGUUUGUGUUUAGCGAUGAACUUGGUAAACAGUGCUGCCUGCCACCCCUACAUACAGGAGGGAGGGUGGUACCAGUAUGCUACCGCGCUGAGACAGGCGUCGGUCUGAAACGGCACCGGCAUAUAUAAAAGCUAAAAGGUUUUCUGCUAUCGUACACAGUGCAAGUUCUAGAUCGACGCCGAAAGAUUGCUGCUCAUUAUUACCUCGUUCGAGCCGAAACCUGAUAGCACCCCAAACCCACAGCAAUGAAGUCAUUCAUAGUGAUUGGCCUCGCCCUGAUUGUGGCCGUUGCGGCCCAGAACAAAUAUACCUCCAAGUACGACGGGAUCGACAUCGACGAAAUCCUCAAAUCGAACCGAUUGUUCAACAAUUACUACAAGUGCCUGCUGGACAAGGGCCGCUGCACACCGGAUGCCAACGAGCUGAAACGUAUCCUGCCGGAGGCCCUCCAGACUAACUGUGCCAAAUGUACGGAAAAACAACGCCAAGGAGCCGUCAACGUCAUCAACUAUCUGAUCGACAACCGAGCGGCCCAGUGGAAGGUUUUGCAGGAACGGUACGAUCCGGGCAAUGUGUACAUCAACAAGUACCGCGAUCAAGCCCGCGCAUCCGGAAUCAAGAUCUAAAAAUGGACAUGAGAUCUCCUACCGAUGCCGACUGGAAGUUGAUUCGAAACAGACACCGCUGGAAUCCAGAGACCAAAGCUUCACUCGUAGUAUUGUAUUCGCUUUUAAUCGACUUCUGAAUGUGAGGUGCGAUUCUCCCGAGAGUCGCGGAAACGAAACUGAAAGCGCUAAUAAAUUCAAAACGUUCAAGUUUUUUUUAUACAUCCACA